CAAUAAGUGCUUCUUUCUAGUAAAAAAUGUUGCUGUAAUUUAAAAAUAAAAGAAAGCAAUUUUACCAUAAAAACUGGUCGCUGGAUCACAAUGGGAAAUGCAGAUUCCGUUCUCUCACCAGAGAAGAUUGCAGAGCUUGAGAAAUCCACACAUUAUAACGCCAAGGAGAUCAAGCGCAUCGUAUCGCACUACGCACAGCUUGACCAGUCCACAAAUGGUGAGGAUGGGAUUCCACUGGAGAAACUUUCUGAGAUUCCAGAACUUUGCGGCUGCGCGUUCUACGAGAGGAUCGCAUACGCUUACAUAGAUCGGCCAACGAUGAGGCUCAAGGCGGAAGCAUUUCUCAAGAUGUUUUCUCUCCUCAGCUCUGGAGCGUCGGUGGAGGAGAAAAGCAAGGCUCUCUUUGACUCCCUAGACUGCAGUCAUGAUGGUACCCUGGGCUUUGAUGAGCUGUUCCGAUUUUACAAAUCUGUCCUGAGCCCGACGUUUGAUGACGAUUACAUCAUCGAUCUAGUCGUCCGCAUUCUUCAACGAUCAGAACUCCAGGAGCAGCACAGGGUAUCAUAUCAAGAUUUCCAGAAGCUGAUUUCAUCGGAAGAGAUAAAAGAGAAGAUGACUGUUGACCUGCAACUUGAUGUCUGAUGAAUUAUGCAUGUCAGGAGGAGGACCAUCUGAUAAAUCAUGCAAGUCGGACGGACCAUCUGAUGAAUUAUGCAUACAAAAGGACCGUCUGAUGAACUAUGCAUGAAAAAAAGAUCAUUUGAUGAAUUAUGCAUGUCAUCUUUUAAAUUUUUCAAGUCCAAAAAAUUAAAGGGACCAUCUGAUGAAUUAUGCAUGAUUGUCAGAUGAGUUAUAUGCAUAAAAGAAGGACCAUGAAUUAUGCAUAUCAGAAAUCUGAUGACUUCUGAGGGAGUCAUUCCAUCUGAGUGUUUAUUCAGACAUCAUAUUUUUAUCAUGUUAAUUAUUGACACUAUUACAACUGAUAGAUUAUUCAUGAUUAAACUUUGGAAACUUUGGUUUAUUGUAGAGUGACAUUAGAUGAAUGAUUCAUAAAGACAUGAAUUAUUCAUGAUUCGAUGGGCCUUCCUCAAACCUCGGCUUGGGCUCCAGGCUCCAGGCUCCAUCUGCUGAUGUUUUGAACCACCAUGCCGCGUGCAAUCAGUGCUCCAACAAUGCAGGUUAAAGGCCAAGCUGUGUUUCCAAUGCGUAUGCAGCAUGCAGAGUCUAAGCCUAAGCCAAAGCCGAGGUUUCAGAAAGCCCCAGGAUUCAAGGGAACUUUUGUACAUACAUAUGUACAUGUACAUUGUAGAAUGGUGAAUUAUUCAUGAAUGACUAAAUGAUUAAAUUUUUAAAACUUG